AUUCUAUGGGGUUUUAAAAUAUGUUAACAUUUCUGUAUACCCAGCCUUGAAGAAAGUGUUUUAGAAUGCUGGGUAUUCAAAAAACAGUACGUUACACCCCUGCACAAAAUGGAAUUAGUUAGUUCUACUCACUUCAUUAUCCGAUUUAGUAAUAUGGUCAAGUCUCAAAAUUACGUUCUCAUUGAUGUACCAUAUUGCAUCCGGCAUGAACCUAAUUACUUUGUUGGCUCUCUUCUGCCAGAUUCUUCUGGGAAGCCCAAGUUUCGACACUGACCACGCCUACAGGAAAUGCACUGGAAUCGUGUACCUAAAUUGUAUAGACUAUUGCGACAGGGGUUGCAAAAACGUAGUGCCCACCUGCCAUCAUCACUGCCAGCGAGGAUGCGGAUGUAUCGAAGCCUCUAUCUUGCGGAAUAAUGGAGGAUGCAAGCGGUUGGUGCAUUGCGAUGAUGCGAUAAAAGACUCCGCAUCAGCUGAGAAUCAGGACUACGCAGGGGAAUAUGUGACAGAUUGGUGGGGAAAAGAUGAUAAGGCCAAGUCUGAGGAAAGCCAGAGCCAAGAGUCAGAAGAAUCCAAGUCUGAGGAAAGCGACAGCCAUGAAGCAUUAAAUAAGAAGACUAAAAAAAUUAUAAGUAUAUAUUUUUAAGGAUGCUUAUGACUGGAACAAGUAUAUUCUUUAAAUCCAAGUGACUAAGCCGAUGUAUUUUUCAUUGAUACCCAGGCAAAUAAAGUAAAUGGCUAAUAUUGAA